UAACGCGCGCAUUAACCUUAUCACAUUCAAAUUGUUUGUAUCGAAUUAAAAUCGUUCCUGAUUGUUUGUAUUCAAACGUUUAAAUAGGUCAAUAUGAUGACAAUCGUCCAUCAUAGCUGUUCGGUAAACGUAAUGUAAUUAGGUACCGCGUUUUUGUUUUUAGAUUAGUGCCUCAUGGAUGGCAUAUGUAACACAAAUCGUUUUGAUUUCGUUAUUUUUCAUAUUUCUCCUGGCCUGUAAAUUUUACUGCACCCAACGCAAACGACGUCACCAAUUUUCCCAAUCCAGAGUGUAUCCACGAACGGCAUCAGUUGCGGCACAAUCGAGUCCCAUUGAUCUACCGUGCAAUUGUGCCAUGUCGGCUAAUAGUUUGCAAAUCAAUAGCAAUUUCUUACAUCCUCCAAAUUUACCAAAUAGCGCACAAGUAUCAACUACCAUUACUUCCGCAAGCAGCGGAGCUCGUGAUGAAUACGACCAAAUAUCGCUCGAAUCGCACAAUAUUCACGAUAAUAUAAGCAUAAUUAAAACACCUCCCCCGCCAUAUUUCAAAGAUGAAUUACCUUCCUAUGAAGAGGCAAUGACAGCGAGUAACAAUCAACGAUAUUCUAAUUAUUAUUAUCGUAGUAAUUAAGGUAUGCACAUCGUGUGUAUGACUUUAAAACGAAUUUUUUAAUAAAGUGCUAUUGUUUACCACA